GAAGAAGAAGAACCAAAACACGUCCAUCUCAAACACUGACACUCCUUAGAAAAUCUUCAGGGCCGCACAGCAAAUACAACUCUGAGACGCUAAUCCUCUUUGUUCUAAUUAAUCUGUAGCCAUAUGUGAGACUUCAAGGAGCCUGCUGAUGAAAGGUCUUUACUGGCAAGCACACAGCUAUUUCAGUUUAUCAGUUCGGUUCAUUUUUGGAAAGUGCAGGCUCAGAUCGCUGUGACGAGUUCACAUUUCAACAUGUUGCUGUCACCUGCUGCUGAGAGAAAUAAAGACACCCUCCUGCAGGUGCUCAAAGACUUACUGGACACAGACAGAGAGCUCUUUGGCCUGGAGCUGGGCUCAGGCACCGGUCAACACGUCAUUCAUUUUGCGCAGGAGCUUCCAUUUGUGACCUGGCAGCCAUCGGAAAUCAGCAGCUCGGCUCAUGAGAGUAUUUGCUCCUACAUUACGGCCACCAAACUGACUAACGUGCUGCAGCCUGUCUACCUGAACAUUGAGGACCACUGGGAAAACUGGGCUGGACCGCCCAAGUCCUCUUGUGACGUGGUACUGUGCAUCAACCUGUUGCAUUUCUGCCCCUUCAGAACCAUUCAGAAUAUCUUUAAAGGUGCUGGUGAACUUCUGAAAAUUGGCGGCUUGCUGCUUACAUACGGGCCCUUUGCUGUCAAUGGUAUUAUCUACCCACAAGACAAUAUUCAGCUGAAUGCCAGCCUGCAAGAAAGGAAUCCCGAGUGGGGCCUCCCUGAUACGGAUGUACUGAGGCAGCUGGGCUAUGAGAACGCAAUGCGCUUGGAGAGGAUGAUCGAAAUGCCAGAAAACAACAAAUGUUUAAUCUUCCAUAAAAUUGAGAUGUGAAAUCCUGCCUCAGUUACCCUUCAGUUGUGUGUGGUAUCAAACAUGUGAGUUCUCAUCCUUUGAUUAAAUUGUGCAACCAAUUGUAAUGUUUCUGGGAUCCUGUACAGUGUUAAGGAUGCAUAAUAAACCUCCAAUUGUUCCCA